AUGUCAUCUGUACUAGCGGAUUAUUAUAAAAAGCGUGUACAGUUACGUUUAAAAAUUUUAAAAUGUGAAGAAGAGCGUAUUCAACUUGAACAAAAACUACAAUUAUUAUCAAGUAUUAAUUCACGACUAAAACAACAACAAAUUGAUCAUAUUCAAUUGUAUUUUACACAACUUAAUCAAGAAUCUCAACGUGCUAAAGAACGUAGUUUACAAUUAUUAAAUGAUAUAACACAAGCAGAACGUAAUUUAGCUCAAAUACAUAUCGAUGUAGAACAUUUAAUACGUUUAAAAUCUGAUUAUUCACAAUAUUUAGAAACAAAGUAUCCGACUUGGGAAAAACCUGUAUCGAAUGAAACAAGUACAAUUAUUGAUAAUAAUAUCUAUAAUUUUGAUCGUUUACCUCAGCAGCAAAAUAUAUCAACUAUUCAUUCGCCAUAUAAAUCUGAUUCUUAUUCUACAUUAUUUGAACGACAUGAAGAUCAGUCAAAAGUUGUUAUAAAUGAUCUACACCGUGAUGAACAAUCAGUAUCUGAAUCAACAUCGAAUGCAUUUUCUCAUUUAAAACGUACUGGUUCAUUAUUUCGUACGGCACUGAAUCGUUCUAAUCUUUAUUUCUUUGAUUGA